AUAAUGAAUAAAUAAAUAAAUAAAUAAAAACCAGCUCUCCCUUUUCUGAUCUAAUCGGACCUCCCGCCUCCAUUUUCCUGUUUGUUUCAAUUUGUUUUUUCCUUUUAAUUGUAGCUUUUUUUUUUGUUUUAAUUCAUAAGAUUUUGAAAUUCCUCCUACCGUUGCAAAUUGUUUCGUAAUUUUCUAUCGCUCAAUUAUCGUAUCUUGUGUUUGUUGAUCUGCUUCGCGGGGGAAGAGAGUGGGCGGGGGUUUUUUUGGAAGCUUUGUCGCUGAUCUUGAGAAUUUAUUGAUUUCAGUUUUUUUUGUUGUUUUUUUUGGGUGGAUUAAUGGGGGUGAGAAUUUGGGGUUAGAAUCGUUAAUUGAGGAGAUUUUGAACGGGGUCUUUGAGAAUGGCGUCGGCUCAGGUCUUGCCUAGUUCACGGAAGAAAGAACAUUUAGAAGCUGGGAAGCGACGGCUUGAAGAAUUUCGUAAGAAAAAAGCAGCUGAGAAAGCCAAGAAGGCAGCAAAUACCACCCAAGCUGAAGCUUCCAAUGUUAGCUUAAAUGAUAAACAACAAUUAGAAACUGAACAAGUACGGGUUAUCGAAUCAGGUGGUGCGGGUACAUCUGAUGGACCCGAUCUGUCUUCUGUAAAAAUAAUUAACAACUAUAAAACAACUGAAGUUUACUCAAACAACAUGCAUGCUUUACCAUCCUUUUUAGCGAAUGAUUAUAAUUCAUCUUCUACAAAAGCACUUACACAUGCAACCAGUCAAGAAAAUGAGAAAUAUGGUGCUUCGUAUAAUGCUGGACCAUUGUUCAAUGAUAGCCUACCGACAGAACAUAUGCGUAAUGCCUUUCAAGAACCCAAGUCAAAAGAAGACGGCUAUUUGAAGGUUCCAACAAAUCUGAAUCCUAUUUCUUCUGAAGAUUUUGUUAGUAAAAUAUCUCAGAAUUCACGGCAAAGCAAGGCAAGUGAAGGCAGCUUGCUAGGUAGUAGCCAUGGUCCAUCUUUAUAUGAAGACUUUGCUCAAUUCACCUCAGGUGGAACAGGAUUUAUCCGUGAAGUUGGGCAGAACUUGCAAGGAACAGCAGAAUUUGAGGAAGCUAUGAUUUCUGAUUUUGGAGAAAGAAAAUUCAGUAGUUCAUCAACUGGUUUUCCAAGUUUGCAUGUUCCAUCCAUACAAACAUCUGGGUCAUCAGAGUUAAGUUUUGAUGCCAGAAGUUCCCCAAGUUACACGCCACUGCAUUCUGUCACAAGUGAUACUAGUUCCAGGAGAUCUCGCCCAUCUUUCCUUGAUUCUCUUCAUGCAUCCGGAGCUUCUUCUGGGUCUCUUUUUCAACAUAAUCAACCUAAAAAGGAUGCAUUUGCCCCCCACAGUUCACAAGUUAACAGUAGUAAUGCCAUUGGAUCAACCCCAUUUGAGAAACCAUCAACAGAGAGUGGAAAUGUGGGAACUUACUCCAAGCUUGGGUUCCCCGGUUUUCCUAGUGUCAGUGAGGAUUCUGGUCAUUUUUCAGCUCCUGCUAGUAAUAAUGGUGACCUCUUGAAGCUGAAUGUUGGUAAUGAGAAUAUCUUGGAGAAGAAGCAUGAAUUCUACUCUACCAAACAGAAUGAGGAUUUUGCAGCUUUGGAGCAGCAUAUUGAAGAUUUGACUCAGGAGAAGUUUUCAUUGCAACGAGCUCUUGAGGCCUCACGUGCCUUAGCAGAAUCUUUGGCUUCUGAAAAUUCAUCAUUGACAGAUAGUUAUAAUCAACAGAGAGGUGUUGUUAACCAGCUAAAAUCUGACAUGGAGCACUUACAGGAAGAAAUCAAGGCCCAAGUGGCAGAGCUCGAAUCUUUUAAAUUGGAAUAUGCAAAUGCACGACUAGAAUGUAAUGCAGCUGAUGAACGCGCCAAUAUAUUGGCUUCUGAAGUCAUUGGUUUGGAAGAGAAGGCACUGAGAUUAAGGUCGAAUGAACUAAAAUUGGAGAGGCAAUUGGAGAACUCACAGUCUGAAAUCUCUUCCAUCAAAAAGAAAAUGUCUAGCUUAGAGAAAGAUCGUCAGGAUUUGCUGUCAACUAUUGAAGCUCUUCAAGAAGAGAAGAAGGUACUCCAGUCUAAGCUUAAAGAUGCUUUCCUUGGUGGAAAGCCGGUUGAUGCUAUCAAGAAUCCUGCUAGUAAGAAGGAUAUGUCGACUUCAACAGAAGAUCUAGGCACGGACACUACUUCAGAUGACAAGGACCUGAAUACCAGUAACGAUGCCUCUACUUUGAGCUUGCUGCCUGAAGAUGGGGGAUUUGAAGUUUCUUCGGUUUAUAUUCCUCCUGAUCAAAUGAGAAUGAUUCAGAACAUUAAUUCCCUAAUUUCGGAGUUAACAAUGGAGAAGGAAGAACUGACACAAGCUUUGUCAUCGGAGUUAUCUCAAAGUUCGAAGCUGAAGGAGUUGAACGAGGAGUUGUCCAGGAAACUUGAACUGCAAACCCAAAGAUUGGAGCUUCUGACAGCUCAAAGUCUGGCAAGUGAGAAUAUCCCGGCUAGACAACCUGAGCCUCAAAUGAUUCAUGACGUCACUCCAUAUGCAGAUGAGGGUGAUGAGGUGGUGGAGAGGGUUUUAGGAUGGAUCAUGAAGCUCUUUCCCGGGGGGCCAUCAAGACGUAGACCCAACAAGCGGUUUUCAUACUAAAUCCACAUAAUCUUAGCAAAGACAUGUCUAAACUUGCAUAUGCUUUUGGUUCCGAUUUACCUUCCCUUGUUUCGGUGAUUGUGAAGGUCAUGAGUUCAUCUAUUUCGAGUUGACUAUACAACCCAAUUUUUUUUUAAAGAAGCAAAAUGGUUUAUCCUGGUCGCAUAACCAUUGACUGGCAAAAUCUAAAUUGCCAAUUUUUUGGUAGAGAAAGGUAUAAAGAAGUCCCUCGUUGCCGUUGCCGUUGCUUGGUUCUCGUUUUGGGAUCGGAUUUUUAUGGAGGCAAUCACUCGAUGCUGAGAGGGAACUAAGAGACAUAUAGUAUAGGAAAGAAGCCCCGAGUUUGUAGUGCGCAUUGUUGGAUUCUUGACGAACAAGUUUGGGUUCUUAAACAUUAGAAUUUAACACAGUUUGAUUCUGUUGCCUUGAUUUUGACUGUGCUUAUGCAUUAAACUUUUGAUGCAUCUUU